UGCCUCUCUCUCUCUCUCUCUCUCUCUUUGCCUCUGCUAGCAACAUUCACGAAAAACCCAUUUCCAAGAAGAAAAUUUUUUACCUUCUCUCUCUCUUCUCCAUAACCUCCUUGUUUUCUCCAAACAAGACAAGCAAAGCAAAUGGAGGCAAUGAACAUGAAGCUCUUUGUGGCUCUACUGAUUGUUGUCAUGGUUGCCUUGUCAGCCAUCCAGAAAGCUGCCGCUGCUGAUGCUCCAGCUCCUAGUCCAACAUCUGAUGCAACUACAUUUGUGCCCACUUUCGUUGCAUCUUUAGCAGCUCUGGCUUUUGGGUUCUUGGUCUGAGCUCAUCAACACAUUUAAUUAGAUUUCAUAGAUGCUAUAUUAUGCAUACUAUAUUAUGCAUGGUUGCUCAAUCUCUCUCUCUCUCUCUCUCUCCCCCUUAUUUCUCUUUCUUUCUGUAUAAUCUAUUUUGUAUUGGGUUUUCCAUGACUAUGACGAGGAAAGAAAUGAGUUGGCUUUUUCUUUUUU